AUGACAAACCUUCAGCCGCCCAAGACAGUCAAAGAUAUCAGAAGCUUCCUAGGACAUGCUGGGUUCUACAGGAGGUUCAUUAAAGAUUUCUCACAGAUAGCAAGGCCGCUAACACGCCUAUUAUGCAAGGAUAUUAACUUUGAGUUCACAGAGGAGUGUCACAAGGCUUUCACUAAGAUCAAAGAGGCAUUGGUCAGUGCGCCAGUGGUUCAACCUCCAAACUGGGAACUACCUUUUGAGAUAAUGUGUGAUGCAAGUGAUUAUGCAGUAGGAGCAGUGCUUGGACAAAGAAAGACAAGAAGCUACAUGUGA